AUGAAGGUCUUCUCGGCGCUCCUGUGCCUGCUGAUCCUGGUGACCGCCCUCGCCACCCAGGUGCUCUCUCAGCCAGAUGCAAUUAUUUCCCCAGUCACCUGCUGCUAUACAUUCACCAAUAGGAAGAUCCCAAUGGCAAGGCUGGUGAGCUACAGAAGAGUCACCAGCAGCAAGUGUCCCAAAGAAGCUGUGAUCUUCAAGACCAAACUGUCCAAGGAUUUCUGUGCUGACCCCAAGGAGAGCUGGGUUCAGGAAUCCAUGGAGCUCCUAAACAAGAAGACCCAAACUCCAAAGCCUUUGAACACUCUCUCCACAACCCAAGCAUAGGCACCUAAUUUAUUACCUUCCUACCUUCCCUAAAUGCCCUCUGAUAUUAUUUUAUUGUAUUUUGAAAGAACCUGAACUUUGUUUAUUGAUAUGCAACAUGACGUCUUAAGUAAUGUUAAUCUUAUUUAAGUUAUUGAUGUUUUAAGUUUAUCUCUCAUGAAUACUAGUGUUCCAUAGACAUGGAAACUUAAGCAAAUUGCUUUCCUCUGUGAAGUUUGAUUCCACCCUUGAAAUGGCAUGAGGGUCUUUGCAAAAAUCAUUAAUGCAAACACGUGUUGUUUUAGAUUCUAAAGCAUUGCUAAAAAUGUUACUGUGGAGAUGUACAUGAUGUAACUAUUGAGCAAUAUAUAUAUUUUUGUAUAAAACCUGA